AUGGCUAAUAUUAGAGCAUCAAAAAAGAUGAAUGAGAAAAAAAAAGUUCCACAAAGAGGACUUGGUGUUCCUCAACUUGAGAGGAUUAGAUUAGAGGAACAACAUAAAAAAGAUUCAAUUUUUCAAUCAGUACAAUGUCCAAAUUUUAUACCAACAUCAUCAAGAACUGAUUUUUCUUCAAAAAAUUGUGUCUUUAGACCAAAUCAAUCUGCCCCAUUUCUUGAAAAUUGUCCUAAAUUGUUGAGGGAUGAGUAUAAUCUUGAAGGUGUGAAUAAAAAAGUUGAUCAUCAUGGUGUAGUUUUUGGACAAAAUGUGAAUUUGCCUAGUGGACCCCAUAGUCUAAGGUUUCCUCUGCUGCAAAAAUCUCGACAGUAUCAGCAAACUUCUAGUUCAUCAUCAAUGGUGAAUGUCUCAUCAGGGAUUUCAUCGUCAUCAUCCGUACAGAGUUUUCAGAUGGAGCCACCUUCAAGCCAAAGUUAUUGUGGCUGUACUAAUUGUUUACCUCUUUGGCCUGAAGAUGUGAAGAUGGCUGGCAUGAAGAGGCGUUAUCCAUUCUCUCCAGAAGACCCGCCCAUCCCUUCAUUUCGAGGAAAAUUUCCUCAGUGCUGUGUUUCCCCUGUAUCUAGAUCACAUGAAUCUGUUUCCAGCAGCAAUGAUUGCUCGGUUUAUAUAGAAGAUGGCGAUGCACUUAAAAGGGAAGUUGUUUCACAGUCAAGAGCUUUGUCCGAGUCCAAACCAUCGACUUCAGUAAGAGAAACUAAAGCUCGCAAUGGAGAUUUUCUCAAUUUGGCUCCUCCAGCAUCAGCUUUGCCACAUUUGGAAGCAGUAAAUCCGUGUUCUUUAACUAAUUCUGCCCCACAAACACUUGAGCUAUUUGACUAUGUACCUGCUCAGGUUGCUGCUGCACAGCAUACUCCACCUUCAGGCCAAAGCAUAUCAUUUCAACAACCGAUCCUCAGAUUCUUCCCAACUGCAAUGGUGCAAAUUGGUCAAGAACGAACUCAUGGAAGCGACUUUCAUACUGAAGUAGGAGGAAAAGUUGAUUUGGAAUUGAAGUUAUAG